UGAUUAUUGAGUGAAUGUUCAAGAUGGCGGCUAGUCAAUCGAAUGGAGCAGCAGCAGCCACAAAUGACARCAAUAAACCGGCGGCUAGGAGCACUCCGAAAGAUGCUUUGGUGAUGUCGUCGAUUCUGAGAGAAAUGGGGAUUAGUGAUUAUGAACCAAGAGUUGUCAAUCARAUGUUGGAAUUCACAUAUCGCUACAUUACAACCGUCUUAGAUGAUGCCAAAGUCUACUCAACCCAUGCUGGCAAGAAGGAAAUUGAUACYGAUGAUGUCCAACUGGCUAUACAAUCUCGCCUUGAUCACUCUUACACCAGCCCUCCCCCCAGAGAUUUUCUUAUAGAAAUUGCAAGACAGAAAAACAGAGUUCCUUUACCACAAAUCCAACCAAAGAGUGGCUUAAGACUUCCRCCUGAUAGAUAUUGCUUAACAGGCAAAAACUAUAAAGUUAGAGCCCAAAAACAGCCAACAAUUCGUCCCUCACCUAUUAUUGGCAGAACCAAUUCAAUAUCAUCUUCUGUAGGAAGUACUCUUGUUAAACCAGUAACUGUUGCACAUAUAGUUAGAACWCCGUCUACCUCAGUUCCUAUAGUAACUCCAACGUCRACCUCAGUACCACAUCCACUGAUAACAACAGUAAAUAAACCAGUAUUGUCCAACCAAGUUCCACAAAUCAAGAAAGAACCAGGAACCAUUCAUUCUGUAACCACUGGGCAUGUAACAUCCUCUGCACCAUCUGCUACAUCACAGGUAAAAACGGUAGUUGUUCAAAGGCCAGCAACUGCUGCCAACCCCACAGYUGGUACUACCAAAGUUCAAACAGUAAAACAAAGUGGUAAUCCUGCAUCCAUCAUGACAGUAUCUGCUUUACCAAGCAUGGAUGAGACAGUGGCCAGUGCUCAACAACCUUUAAUAACACCACAAAAGAGAAAACUUGAUGAUGAUGAUGACUACGAUGUCUAGUUGCAUAAUAUUCUUUUAAGUAGGGCUGUUUAGGCAGUGAGAGCAAGAAGACUGUAUUAUAUAUAUAUCAUAUUAUAUUUACAGUAUUAUUGCUCAAAGAGUCGGCCAUCCAUAGGAUUUUGAUCAGUACUUGAUAUGUCCUCCCCMCUCCUUGAAAAUAGGCUUUUUACUGUAGAACAAGGUUAUGGUCAAUGAGAUAGAGUUAAUCUACAAUGUGUCAUCUUCAACUCUUCACUUUGUUUUUGCCAAACACACAUUUUGUACAAUAGAUAUAGUUCAGUUGUGAACUUGGGUCAACAUUACUGUAUAUUUUAUUGGUUUAUAUAAAACUAUAAUGUUUCCAA